AUGGUCUUCUUACCUUCAGCUACCUCUGCUACUUCAGCAGCCGAUGUCGGUCUCAAGCGUAGCCAUGUCGACUAUUCUCGCUAUCUAUCAGCGGAAGCCCGUUCCAGGCUCCCUAACCCGAUUAAGUCCAUCUGGAAAGCUGCUCAGGUCAAACCUGGCACCAUCAAUAUGGGAAACGGUGAUCCGCAUCAUACGUUGUAUCCCAUAAGCGAAGUGAAUUUUGUCGUUCCUUCCAUUGACGAGCAUGACCCCGUGCAAUCAUGGAGGUCUGGCACUGGCGAGCAAAAUAUCAUUUCUUCAUACAAGGACGAGCUUUGCGCUCUGAGCCUCCGUACUGCCUUUGCGUAUGGUGCUGGUGCUGGUCUCAAGGAUGUCCGCGAUGCCCUUGCAGACCUCAACGACAGGAUCCACUCUCCUCCCAACCACACCGUCUCGCUUAGCCUUGGCAAUGCAGACGCGCUGACAAAAUGCUUCCGUCUUCUCGGUGAUCCAGGCGACUCUUUCCUUUGCGAAGAAUUCACCUUUUCUGCUAUGACCAAUGCUGCUCUGCCCCUAGGCAUUGAAUGGGUCCCGAUCCGGAUGGAUAACAAUGGACUUGUUCCUUCAGAUUUAGAACGAAUUUUAUCCAGCUGGGAUGAAGCAAAACAAGGUAAACGACCCCAUGUGCUUUACACGAUCCCGUGCUCGCAGAACCCAACAGGAAGCACCCUUUCAUUGGAAAGAAGGCAGCAGAUUUAUCAAAUUGCACACGAUUGGGAUAUCAUCAUCCUUGAGGAUGAUCCGUACUUUUUCCUCCAGUAUGAUCUUGGCAUGAGCCAGAGUACGAUACAACAAUAUGGGCACACACGUGCCAUGGCGGAAGUUCUCCCUCGGUCAUUCCUGUCCAUGGAUUAUGAUGGACGCGUAAUGCGCCUGGAUAGUUUCAGUAAAAUCGUUGCCCCUGGAAUGCGACUCGGCUGGGUCACAAGCAACAGCUACUUCGCAGAUAAGCUUGACAUGUUGACGGACUCGUCCUCGCAACAUCCACAUGGCAUGGGCCAAGCUUUCGUUGCCGAGUUGCUUGGCAGUAAUGGUUGGGGCGUCGAUGGCUUUAUGAAGUGGAUCUUAUCGCUAUGCAACGAAUACCAACGUCGGAGGGAUCUCUUCAUGGAUGUCUUCCGGCAGAAGGUUGCCACUUCCGGCUUCGCCAGUGCGGAAGUACCACAAUCUGGGAUGUUUGUCUGGAUCAAAAGCGGUCCGACGACGAACACCGCGGACCUCAUGGACGAGCUGUUCCGGAAGCUGCUAAAUAACGGCUUGGUCAUGAUGCCAGCAUCAACAUUUGCCAUUGCUGAUCGCACGGGGACGAUGGGAAGCCACAUUAAUGACCGAGUGAACUUCUUCAGAGCAACGUUUGUUGGCACAGAUGAAACUAUUCGUAAUGGCCUUGCGACAUUUGGCCGCACACUGGAGGAAUUCUUCCUAUAG